AUGAUUACGCUCCGACGAUUAAAUGCUGUUGGAACCAGGAUUGUGGUACCUAAAACAUGUUUUAAACAAUUUCACUACACUCUGCGUCGUCAGUUCAACCCGAUUGUGGAGAAUUUUUUGAAUGAUUUGAAAGAAGAAGGAGAGGACGACAAAAAAUCUAACAAAUCGAGGAGAUUGAAUAGUCUAGGCAACAAUGAUAGGAAUGACCACAAUAACGAAAGGAACAAUAAUAACAAUUAUAAUGAUGGUGAAGAUAAUGGUGGUGAUAGUAGUGGUAGGUUUGACCGAUUCAAGUCAUUUUUAAUGAAAUGUCUUGAAACCAUUGGCAUAACUAUUUCUUCAGUUGGUAUUUUGGCCGGUGCAGGGUUUUUAUACCACAGGUUCUAUGGCUAUCACGUGUUAUACAAAAUGGACAAGGCAUUUGAUAAAGGUGAAGAUCCAGCUGCACAAAUUGCGAUGCACAGCAAGACUCAUGCUCAUACCUCUAAUAGUGAAGAUGAUAAAGGUGAUCAAAGUAAGAAUAAUGAUAAGGAAGAUGGUGAUCACAAUCAUAAUCUGAUCCAAGAUUUCUGGGUAGAUAGGCCACAACAAAAACUAUUGGAUGAGAUUAUUUCUGGGAAAAUCAUUGGCAGGUACUUUUUAAUUAUUGGUGAAAAAGGCACUGGUAAGACAUCUUUGAUUAUGGAGGCCAUGAAGAAAGUCAAUGGCUUGAAUGUUUGCAUAUUUGAUGCCCAUGCAGACCCAGAGAUAUUUAGAUUGCGAUUGGGUAAGGCUUUAAACUUUACAUUUAGUGAAGAUUAUAUUGGCUCGUUGUUUUCAAUCAGAGGUCCAAGAGAUACUACCGCGUUAUUGGACAUUGAAAGAGCUUUUAGCAAAUUAGAGGAGUUGGCGAUUAAUCGAGUUGCUAAAACCAAACGACCUUUGGUGAUGAUUAUUAAUAACGCGCACUUGAUCAAGGAAAAUGAAGAAGGUGUCAAGCUAUUAGAGUUGUUGCAGCAAAAGGCAGAAGCAUUGAGUGGUGCUGGUCUUUUAACUAUGAUUUUUAAUAGUGAUGAUUAUUGGGUUUAUGAGAAAUUGAAACAAUUGGGUACUCGUCUUGAACUAAUCAAUGUGAGGGACUUGAACCGUAAAGAAACCGUUAAUGCUUUAAAAUUCAUUAGGCAUAGAUUUUUCCCCAAAGACCGUGUACUAAAUGAUGCUGUUUGUAACAAAGUUUAUGAUUUGAUUGGAGGAAGACCGCAACAUAUAACGCAAGUGGCUCGCCAUAAUGACAUCGUUAAGGCGUGUCAUGAAAUCAUUGACCGUGAAAAAACUUGGUAUUUAAAUCAGUGUGGGCUAUUAGGGUCAGGAAUGGACGAUGAUGUUAUGGAGAGCGGAAAGUUUUCCUCGAGUGCGAUGUUGUUGAUGAGAGAAUUUGUUGAGAUGGAUAGACAAAGAGCUGAUAGUUUGAUUCUUAGCAAAGACAAUUCGAAUCAACACGAUCAUUAUUUACCAGAGCUUCCACUUUGGAGAGCUAGACAAGUGAUGACUAGGGCAGACUAUAUUCAGAGAUAUGACAAUUUAAACAUCUUUACAAUUGAUUCAGAGAGCCGUGUGCGUGCUGAUUCUGUACCGAUGAUGCGAGCAUUCCAUGAAAUUGCCUCUCAACCGCACUUUGAUGAGCUAUUGGAGGACACAAUGGAUAGAGUUGCUGAUAUUGAGUCGCUUGGAAGAACUAGGGAGAUUGUAAUGAAGGAUUUGAAUAUGGGAAGUGAAUAUUUGUGGAAGAAAUAUGGUCCAGCUGAGUUGAAAAUGACAAUGCUUAAAUCGGCAAAAACUAAGGAUGUGCAUGGAGACUUUACCGAGUUCAAUAAUGCUGCUAAUGAAAAAGGAAGCCAUUCAGGAAGCAGCGGAGUAGGUCUUGGCAAUGACAACAGUGCCGGUGCUGGUGCUGGUGAUGGUGCUGGUGGUGGUGUUGAUAAAAUUGAAAAUGAUGAUGAUGAUGAUGAUGAAGAACUCUACUUGGAAGAUAUCGACCGUAAAGAUUCUAGAAAAUGGUGGAAAAGAAGAAUGAACGAUCAAUUGUUUGUUCCAGAGAAGGAUCGACAUGCCAAGGAGGGCGAUUUGGAUUUAAACAGAGUCAAUGAAGAUUAA